AUGGAGUCUGCUUUCUCACAUGUAAGGUGGGAACCUGAGGAAGAAGCUGAGGAGGCAUCUCUUUUGUGUCACAGACGAGAAUUCAUCCCAGAGGAAAAGAAAGAUUCAAUCUACUGGGAGAACCGCUGCAAGAAUAAUGAGGCAGCAAGACGUUCAAGAGAAAAACGGAGGAUCAAUGACUAUGUUCUGGAGAAACGAUUGGUUUCGAUGAGUAAGGAGAAUGCUCGUCUGCGAGUCGAGCUGUUGUCGCUAAAGCUUCUAUAUGGUCUUCUCAGCAAUGAGGUGUCUUAUUCUUCAUCUCAAAGAGCCCUGUCUCAACUGCACCCACUGGCCCCAAAACCUUUGGUCUUCUGCCCAGACAAAGACCUCUACUGGGGUGGAAGGCAAGAUAGAGACUCUUCCAAUAUGUCUGGAAACCAGCAGCCACCCGUUGGUCUGGGUACCCACCCUGGGUCAGCAUUCCGACCUACACACCCUAUAGGCUUAAAAAGAAAUUACCCAUUUAGCCUAGAUAUUCACAGCCUCCAUUCUCCUAUGACUACACCUUUACUCUUAACUCCACACCUUGCCCUACCCGCCCCUUGGGCAGGUCGACCCCUGCUCCAGCCAGGAAAUCAGAGGAUCUUCUCAGAUGAGGAAGGUAAACAGAUGGUGCUGGCAGAUUCCAGCACUGCACUGCCUCAUAAACUCAGAUUGAAGACGCAAAAUUCACAGUACAAAAACAAUGGCUCUAAAUCUACAUCUCCAAUCCCAGUAUAUAUGACAGAUUGAAAGCAAACAGGCAUUGGGGUAGAAUAACUCUGUGAUU